CGGUGUUGGCGAGCGUUGAUUUAGUUCAAAUGAUAGACAUAACCCCUACAAGUGCCUACGAUAUUGCUUACGACUUGUUCACCACUAAGAUAAAAUAUGUCCACAAGUUUGUUUUAAAUAAACCUUAAUUCAAAGUCUACACAUUUUUCAAACAUGACUCAACUAGUGGAACUGAAACAAAAUAGGACUUUACUGCAAACUGAUUUUCCUGGCUACAAACUCUCUCUGCAAGACAUUCCAAAAUUAACCAUUAACUUGUCAUCAAAAGUGAACAUUGUUGAACCAAAUAAUGAACAGUACACUUUCAAACAUGCCAAACUUUUCUCACUGCACAAUCAUAUAUUGGCAUCUGAAGUGGAUGAAUUAGAGGGUACUGAAGCAAUUUAUUACAUUGGUGAUGAUCGCUUAAUAUAUAAAAUUGAAUCAGAUAUCCUUGGACUGGAGGAAAAGUGCAUGAAUUGGGAAGUACCCUUCUUAGACUCCAAUUAUAAUUGCACUAUGGUUUUUCCAGACAAAAAUUUCGCUGUUGUGUCAAAUGGAUCAAGAAAUAUUUAUAUUUUAGACAGAAAGGAUGAAUGGAGAUGCAUUUAUAAUGAAACAAAUGAUUUCAGCUGUGUCAUCUUGGAUUCUAAAAUAUUUCAAAAUGUUUUGCAUCUUAUAUUGUUUGCUAUUGUGGCAGAUAAUGAAGAAACAAGUGAAAAAAGGUCUGAACACAAAUCUGUUAUAUACUGGGUGCAAUAUGAAUGUUGUAAUGGUAUUUGGAGUAGGAAGAGUAUUGAAGAAAUGCAAUCUAGGAGUGAAUUGCAUUAUGCUUUUCUUUCAACUGACACAAACUUAUAUAUUGUAAGUUCAGAUGGUGGUUUUGUGAAUGAAGAUAAUGAUGGAUUGAAAAACACAUUCUUUACAUGGUCACAAACAGAUGAAAGUGUAACUAUCUACAUGUUAGCAACCAUUGCACAUAUUGUUGAUCAACAGAUCACAAUUAAAAAUAAAGAAGAAAUUGUCUUGGAUGAAAUAUUGUAUGAUAAAAUAGAUUCUUCUCAAAAUGUGAUUAUAAAUGAUGGGGGAAUAAUGGAAAUCAUGUUGUAUAAGGAAACUGCAGCUAUGUGGCCUGAGUUAAUUCAAUCUAAACCUUCACUUGGAGAAUAUCAGCAUGAUCCCAAAACUGCUAAAAAUAUUCUGAAACAGUUUGUGGGAUUUUUGGAACCAAGAGAAACGUUUGCAACUAAACAGUCCACAUUGACUGAUCAAAUAGAAGAUUGUGAUUUUGCUACGUCCAAAUGGUCACUUAUCGAACGUAUAACGCCUGAGAAAAUAGUUUCACAUCGCGUUCUUCAUACACAAGAAAUAGUUUUUGUUGAUAGCGCGUUACAACAAUUUGCAGUUCAUCAAAAUGAUGACAUUUGCAUCUAUCAACCUUGCUCCAAUUCUGAAUGGAAUCUUGAACACACCGGUACGCUGUUUGCUUUGGGUUAUGUUAGAGCGUCAAAGUUGCGAAGAAAGUUUACAACAUGUGCACCGGAUCUCAGUUAUUCCAUUAUCGCUGAGGGCGGAAGACACAUAUUUGUAUAUAGACAAAAUGUUGAUGUUACAAGUGGAGAAUUGCGACAUCGUCGAUCUGGCAGGCAUGUAAAGCAGCUCGCUCUUCAACAAGUGAUAGAGUUGGAAGCAGAUGACAACAUUUGGGGCGUAAAAGCCAGCAAUACUGUUUUGUUCGUGUUAAGCGAACAUAAAGUUCACGUGUUUAAAAUGAAUUAGAAUUAGAUACCUUUAUAUGUUCUUCAUUGAAUUUGUACGUGAUUUGAAUUACAGUUGUACUCGGUUAAACCUCAUUAGCAGAUAACAAUUUGUUUUGGCUCUUAUGCUAUAAAAGACAAUAAAGUCCAACAUACCUCA